CCAGCGAGCAACUUCCCCAGUCCGGACAAGUGGGCGACGUGGGAGCACUUGACAGCCCAGAACGCCGCUAUCAUGAACACUACGGGCAACUCCGCGCAAGAGACGCAGUGGGUUAUUGAUGCAGCCAACGAGUUUGCCGGUCCCUCUGGCGUCGACCGACGUGGCAUCCUUGCCGUCAUCAUGCAAGAGUCCACCGGCAGAGUCCGUGUCAACAGCACUUCUUCUCCGGGUGCCGGCGUCAAUAACACCGGCCUCAUGCAAGCGCACAAUGGCGCCUCAUUCAAUGGUGAGAACCCGCAAGGCAGUAUCCGACAGAUGGUCAAAGAUGGCGCUUGCGGUGUUCCAGGCCCCACUGGCGGAGACGGGCUGCAGCAGUUGAUGGCUAGAUACCACAACUUCUUCGUCGCAUGCCGUGGGUAUAACUCAGGUGAUGGUGGCAUCAACAUGAGCAAUCUUAGCGAUGGUGGAGGUGCAACGAGCAGCUAUUGCUCUGACAUUGCGAAUCGGGUGCUUGGU